GGCUAGUCCAUUAGAGUUACUAAUAGGUAAAGAGGCACGGCCGUUCGGUUUAAUUCCAAUUAAUUUAGAAGAAAACAGAGUCGAUGUUGAUUUAUUAAGAACUCAAGCAACUAAAAAUAUACAGGAAAAUGCUUGUUAUGACAAGAAAAGUUUUGAUAAAGGUAAAGCGAAAAUUGUUAAGACAUAAAGUUGGCGAUUAUGUACUACUUAAAAAUGAAGAGCGACAUCAGACAAAAUCAGAUCCUAAGUUCCGUGGUCCGUUUUUGGUGACAGAGGUUUUGGAUGGAGACAGAUACGUAUUGAAAUCUUUGAGUAGCAAAAUGACAUACAAAUACUCACAUGAACUCUUGCGUAAGCUUCCGGAGGAAGAAAUUGCUAAUGAGUUAAACAUGAGCGAUGUUGAAAGUGCAAUUGAGCUUGUUAGAGAUGAAGACGUUGAAAGACGCGUUAUUAGUGAGAAAACGUUGAAAGAGACGUAAGUGGUGAUGAAAACGUUGAAAGAGGCGUUAUUGGUGAUGAAAAUGGUGAAAGAGGCGUUAUUGACGAUAAAGACGUUGAAAAAGACGUUAACAA